GAGGAGCUGCAGGCAGUGCAAAUCAGACUCGCUCUACACAGAGAUCUACAGCACAGAGAUACAGACAUGACACCUACAAUCAUCUCAGACGAGCAUCUCCAUCUCAACAACAAGCUGAGAAAGCCAAUCGUGGAGAAGAUGCGCAGAGAUCGUAUCAACAGAAGCAUCGAGCAGCUCAAGGCUCUUCUGGAUCCAGAGUUCCUCAAGCAGCAGUCUGAUUCCAAGCUGGAGAAAGCAGAUAUACUGGAGAUGACAGUCAGCUUCCUGACACACCAGCAGUCUGUUCUGGACUCCAGUUCACAUGCUGUCAAUCAAGGCUUCUCCAGGUGUGUCCACGACAUUGUGCACUUUCUGUCCUAACAUGACACACAGAAGACACAGAGCCAGAGAAGACUGCUGGAGCACUUCCAGAACCUGCAGACACCAUCUGAACAGAUCAGGAGAGAAAGUGUCCUGCCUCCGCUGAGCUCCACACACCACCACACCUUCAACAAAGAGAUGAAUGUCAACAAGAGCGCCAUCUGGAGGCCCUGGUAGACACAACCGAUAACACAUUGAAACUCUACAUUAGACAGAAUGUACUUUGCCAAUUGUUCUCAUAUUUUGGCAAAAAGUGUUUAUCAAAUUCCAUUUAGGAAAAACGUGUAUCUUGAAAAGAUUUUCGAUACAGUGAAGGCUUUACUUCACUACAUUAGAUGUUUUGAACAAAUGUAAAAUGUGAAUAUUCAUUUUGGAUGUGUAUGUACAAGGCAUUGUUUGAAUACUUCAAACGUUAGAAAAAUGCAACGGUCUAAAUUAUUUUCCCAUCUUUUUUUGAUGGUUGUUUAUUAUUUAUUUUAAGUAAUAUUAACAUGUGCUUCAUAUUGAAGCUAAAUGUUUAUCUUAACCUUGAACCUGUCGGGUAAAGUGUAAUGUCUCAUUUGAAGAUUUUGGCUAUAGUUCCUUUUUUUGGAACAAGUUUGGUUUAAUGUUUUAGUUUCUUUCAUAAAGAAUAUGGAUUUUUGAUGGUAACAUCAAAGUUUUUAAAUGACACACUUAUAUUGUAUCAAUAUAACCUACAUUACAUGUGUAAUGGGAAAACAUGUCUUCUCAUUAGAGAUAAUAAAUCAAA